UUUUUUAGUAGGCCAUUGCGAAUUUUAAAACCUCCCAAGCUAACAACAUUUUGUACGUUUGGGAAUUAUAAAAUGCCUAAAAACACAAAGCAGGCAAUUUUUCAACUAUUGGUGGUACUACAUUGCAUUGCGUUUACCUACCCAACAGGAUGCGUGAAAGCCUACCAAAAGUACUUAUGCAGCAGGCAGUCGAUGUCCUUUCAACAGCACGGUCCUAAAUCCUAUUCCCAGUGUGAGACGAUGUGUACGGGGUCAGGAGGCUGUAAAGGUUUUGGAUAUAACAAUGUCACUGACACUUGCUUUAUGUCUAGCACUAAAAGCCGUACAGACCUACCCCACUCGCCGCAGUGGACCUUUUCAGAGAAAAUAUGCGCCUCUGAGCUAUUUUCAAUGCCAGAUGAUACUGUAUGUGCCGUUAUAACAACACCGGUUAUAACAACUAAUCAAACAACAUCUCAAAAGACAACUACAGAGAUAGGGACCACUAUCCCAUCGGCAGGAACACAACAACACGGUCUUGUUUCAUUGGAAUCUCCAACAACAACAACAACUACUCAAACAACAUCUCAAAAGAGAACUACAGAGAUAGAAGCAACGACAAUCGGCCCCAUCUUUAAAUCUUCAUAUUGCACGUGUGUCUGUAAGGAAACAAACACAACUGUCUCCGAACGCAUAGCUACAAGAAAACUGGAUCUGGAACUGGACGUUCGGAAAUUAUCGGCCUUUACCAGGAAGCUAACAAGUGCGCCCGACUAUCGACCGUCGUCCGUUAGAAUCGGUUAUGUGGGAAUUACGAUAAUAAUUAUCUGGGGUCUUUUUAUCGCUCUAUUUGACAUUUUGAGGUUUGUGAUUGCAUUCAAGGAGUUUUGAAUUAAGCAGUUGAUAAAUUAGUUCGUUUUGAUUUAGCAUUUUAAUACGACUGAUGGUCAUGCCUCUUUAAAACGAUUUCCUGAAUAUUAUCCUGAAUAUUUUCAAUAUCAAAUAAU